AUGAUGGAUCGAAAAUCAUCAGUUAAUCCUUUGGCACAAUCACGUAAACCAUCUGAACUCUCUAGCACUGAAGAAUUAUCACAAGGUCAAAAGCCUCUACCUAAAGUCAUCGGUAGAUUAUCCGUAUUCAAGGAUACAGCAUUGUCAUCAGAAAAAAGGAGAUAUUCAGUACAGAAUGCAUCCGGAUCUGGAGCCCUUCCUCCAAGAAACAGUCCACGUGCAACACCAUAUUUGAAUACGCCAGUUACAUCAGCUGGACCAAUACCUGUAUCAUCGACAAUUCCAAGAGCAUCGAUCGCAUGUAUCCCACUGAGUGUUCAGGCUCAAAUUCAACAAAACCAAGCAAUUAAAUCUGAACAACCUUCUAUUGCAAAACCUACACCAUCACCUUUGACAAAAACUUUUGUUACACCUCAAGUAACACCCAGAGCAUCUAUAAGCAAAGUUUCUGAAUCAGAUAUAGAACAUAAUAAAAAACUUAAUCGUCUACCAAAAUCUUUUCAAUGUGAUUGUUGUCAACAUGUUACUGUGACCAGAAUAACAUAUCAUGUUGGUGUUUUAACAUGGCUUAUGGCAGUGUUAAUUUUUCUAUGUGGUGGAGUUCUAGGCUGUUUUCUGAUACCAUUCUUUACAAAUUGUUGUAAAGAUGUUAAACAUGAAUGUCCAUUCUGUGGUACAGAAAUUGGUAUGGUUAAAUGUAUUUAA